CGGCGCUGCAGGCAGGCACAGCCGGGGCGAAAGCGAUACCGAGACCAGUUGACAGCAGCAGCAGGUGGGGCCGAUCGGCGUCGACGCCUUUGCUGUGCCGGAGCGGUGCCGAUCCCCGGGCACUGCAAACCUUCCUGCCUAACUCCCCGAUAUCCCACAACAACAAAGUGUCCAUCCUGGUGGUGAUUGCGACCUCGGGAUCGCACAGCCAUGCAUGCCUCCUACUGUGCCUCGCUCGUCCGCGCGGCGAGACCGACCAGCCGCGUCGCUGCUGAUGACGAACAAGGGUCCGAGUCCGCUGCCACUGUCCUUUGGGCUUGGUGUAUAUAUCAGCAAGAGUCAGCUUGUUUUGUCCAAGACGAAUCACUACAUCAGCCUGUCAGUGAAACCCAGUCGAUCCUCUGGGCUCCAACAACCACAUCUGUCCCAGGCAGCACAUCUCGCAACCUACAAUGUGUGCCAGCGACUACGCCCAGCAUUACCCCGUCAUGGCCGUCGAGCCUGACCACAAGGGCGAUUCAUAUACUCGCGACCUCAAGAUCCCAGGCAUCACAGCAUCAGCAACACCUGCCGACGGGCCUAUCACACCAAUCUCGCCGCUUUCAACAACGGAUAAUGCUCCCACCGCAGCACCAGCAACGACCGGCACCACCCUGGCCGGCAUAUCCCCUUCCCUCAAGGAAGACAGAGAUGUCAUGAGGGGCUUCAUCGGCGACCUCAGCCCGUGUGUCGUCAAGACCGCCCCUGGUCCCAUGAACCCCUCCGGGGUGGCAUGGAAUAAUGACGCAUACGCCUUCCUCUCGCAGCCGUGCCCGACAGACGGCACCGCCAACCCCAAGCUCUGGGAGCAGUCCCGGCGUUCGGCUGCUCAGGGCCUCUUUGAGGUCGUGCCCAACGCCGUCUAUCAGGUCCGCGGCCUGGACCUGAGCAACAUGACCCUCAUCGAGGGCGAGACGGGCGUCAUCGUGGUCGACCCGCUCAUCACGCACGAGUGCGCCGCCGCCGCGUUGGAGCUGUACUACAAGCACCGCGGGAACCACCGUCCCGUGGUGGCAGUCAUGUACUCGCACUCCCAUGCCGACCACUAUGGCGGCGCCGCCGGGAUCCUGCCGGCCGCCCACCUGGACGGAACCCAGACGAUCCCCGUCAUCGCCCCCGAGCACUUCAUGCGGGAAGUCCUGUCCGAGAACGUCUUUGCUGGACCGGCCAUGAUGCGCAGGGGUGUCUCCAUGUACGGCGCGCGCCUGCCCAAGGGGCCCCGGGGCCAGAUCGGUUGCGGGCUGGGCAUGACGACGUCCCUGGGCACUACGACGAUCGAGGCCCCCAACACCAUCAUCCGCAGCACGGGCGAGGAGCUCACCAUCGACGGGGUCCGGUUCGUGUUCCAGAUGGUGCCCGACACGGAGGCGCCCGCCGAGCUCAACUUCCACCUGCCGCAGCACCGGGCGCUGUAUAUUGCCGAGUGUGCGACGUACGGCCUGCACAACAUUGUCACGCUGCGCGGGGCGCUCGUGCGGGAUGCCAAGGCGUGGGCGCGGUAUCUUGAUGAGAGCAUGGUUUUGUUUUGUGGUGGUGAUGGUAAAGACGACGAAGGCAUGGACAAGAGCGACGACGCUGUAGCUGCCGCCGCCGCCGCUGGUGACAUCAACAAAAGCAACAGUAACGACAUGACCAAUGACAACGAGCCCAAGGAGGCCAAGACUGACGUCCUCUUCGCGGGCCACCUCUGGCCGACCUUUGGCGCUGCCGCCAUCACCCGCCACCUCUCGGAGCAGCGCGACCUGUACACCUUCCUGCACGACCAGACCCUGCGGCUCAUGAAUCAGGGCCUGACGGGCGCCGAGAUUGCCGAGGUGAUGACGCUGCCGCCGGGGCUCGAGGACCGCAUCCACGCGCAGGGCUACUACGGCUCCGUCAGCCACAACGUCAAGGGCAUCUACCAGCGGUACAUGGGCUGGUUCGACGGCAACCCGGCCAAGCUGUGGCAGCUGCCACCGCGCAAGGAGGCGCUCCGGUACGCCGAGUGUCUGGGCGGCGUGGACGCGGUGCUGCGCAAGGCGGGCGAGUACAUUCAGCGGUACAGCGAGUUGGGUGACGUAGACGACCUGCGGUUCGCGGCGACCCUGCUGGACCACGCGGUCGCCGCCUCGGACCCAGGCAACAACCGCGAAGCCCGGCUGGCGCUGGCGGGCGUGUAUGACACGCUGGGCUUCGGCGCGGAGAACGCGACCUGGCGCAACUUCUACCUCACCGGGGCGAUGAUCCUGCGCGCCCCGCCGGCCAUCGUGCAGCAGCAGCGGCAGGCGAUGCUGUCGCGGCCUCGGUUCGCCCCCAAGGCGAGCGUCGAGCAGUGGCUCGACGUCUUGUCGGUGCAGCUGGACGGGUUCGCGGCGGGCAAGGAGGAGACUUGUGUCGUGCGCAUCCGGGUGACGGACCGCAAGGAGGCGUGGAGGGUGAAUGUGAGCCACGGGGCGCUGACGAGGCGCGAGGUUACCUUUGCCUUGGAGGAGGAGGAGAAGCAGGAGCAGGAGCGAGGUGAGCUGGUGCUGAGCCUCGAGCACCGCGAGCUGUUUGCCGUGCUGGCGACGGCUGAUGUCCCCAUCGUCCAGGCGCGGGCCAACAAGCAGGACUGCAGCGCCAUGUUGAGGAUAUUGGAGUUAUGCGGCGUGCUGCCGAAGCGUGCUUAGACCUUUGUGUCUGCCUGGCAUUGUCAUCCAGGAGAAGGGUCGACUGUGCUGGCGUGGUUGUGUGGACCUGCUCCUUGAAAGCUCGUAAUUUUCCUUCCUACUUAGAGAUAUCCCAGAAAACAAGUUUCGUCGUUGCCAUACAGCAUGAUAUCCUUGA